ACUCUCGAUGUAUUUGCAAGUUUUGAAGAUCUAUUAAAAUUGACACGAACACGAAGUAAGACUAGAAAAAGGGGUUAAGAAGUAAAAGUUUGGUGUGAGGUGUGAGUGUUCUGCACGCACCGAAUCAACAAUAAUUUCUCAAACAGCGUUGUAAAAGAAACACAUUAGACUAGGCAGAUAACUAUGGCUGUACAUUCUGAUUCGGCUUCAUCCGAGAAGAAAUCAAGCAAUGGAGUGAAUGAGUUGCUGACUUUUAAUGCUGAGAACAUGCAAAGCAACAUGAAAAUUAUCUAUUACAGCCGAACAUUUUUAUCUAUAAUUGGUGGAGUUGUUGCUGGUAUUUUGGGAUUUACAGGCUUGAAAGGAUUUGUGUUUUACUUACUUCUCAUGGCAUUUACUUCACUUGGGCUCGUGGCCAAAGCAAAGUUUUCCACCCACACAUACUUUGACUCCUGGAAUCGAGUGCUACUUGAUGGCUUUCUGGGUGGCCUAAUGUCGUUCGUGCUGUUCUGGACAUUUGCCUAUGACAUUGUUCAUAUAUUUUGAUGAACGGAAUGUGCAAAUGUUUCAAGUGAAGGUUAUUUUGACAUCCGUUGCUUCUGUUGAUCCUUGCCGGAAUGCAGUUACAUCCACCAGUUACCAGAUAGCUUUCAUAAUGUUCCCGUUUUUAAACUAUUGAGAUUUACUAUCAGAAUUUUGUCUAUUUAUGUAUUAUUUAAAAUAGUAUCCCAAGUGGGAAGGAGGCAUAAUGUCGUCCUUUAUUUAUGGCUGUCAGAUUGGCCUCUGGGAUAUUGUUCUUGAAGUUUGCUUCCUGAUAUAGGUUGUAAUUUUGUCAAAUUUUAGUUUAGGCUUAUUGCACUUUUAGUAUUUUAGUCCCAUUAUAACUAAUGUGAGUUCAAUUCGGUAAAUUUAAUCUCUUAAUUUUAUUUAUUA